UACCCAAUCAGAAUUCGCGUUACAUCAGUAAUCGUGUCAGAAGGUUGAGGUCACCUGAUAAAAUAACACAAAUAAUAACAAAUAAUUUUCAUUAAAAUUAACAUAAAUAAGCGGACACCCAACAGGAAUUUAACCAUCACUUUGGAUUUAAAACUAAAGACUUAAGGCAGGGAAGAAUGGCUGCAAUUAGAGCUACACACUGUAAAAUAGGCACAGUUCUUGAAAGUGGAAGACCUCAUAAACAUGUAUGCUUGUGGUGCAGAAGUAUCAGAACUGUUGAAAGAAGCCGUCAAAAAAAGGAAGUUCAAAACAGAGGCGGUCAUUCUGGUCCGAAAACAGCUAGAGAAAAAGUAAGAGUUGAUCAAGCAAAAGUAGGUGUUGCUGCUGUUGAAACAGAUGGACAAACUAUUGCUCAUUGGGAUAAACUUAGGGAUACUGUUUCAGGUUUAAAGGCAAGUGUAGGGAGUAUAUCACUUUCUUGGAAAAGUGAAAAUGGCAAAGGUGAGAAGUCAUCAGACAUGCAGAAUGGAAAUCAAAAAGACAGGAACAUAAAGACCGAAGAGGAAGUUGUAAAUGAGACUAUUAAGCCAAAUGAAACACACGGGAAAACUGAGAAUAAAGAGUAUCUAUACAUGAACAAAGAAGGUGAAACACUUUCGUCAGAACUUAAUGCAAAAUGGGUGGAGCAAAUUUUAGAAAUUCAUGAAGAACGAAGUAAAGAGAUUACUGAACUGGACAACAUUUCAAAUGUAAAAACAAUGAAUAAGUCGCCUAUGAGUAAGGAAAAGCUAGAUGACCCACUUGCUGAAACUAAUACAGAGGCAGCUAAGAGAAAGAAUGAACCAACAGCAAGUACUGGUCUUGCUAGCAGAAUAACAUUCAGCUAUUUCUCAAAAGCAAACAAAAUGAAAAAUGCUUCAACUCAAGUUUUAGAACAAAAUGUGCAGCAAAAGCCUAAAGAUGAUACAAAGGGGGAACAGAAAAGUUCUUCAGCAUCCACUAUCGAUUGGAUCAAAGAUGCAGUAGGUUUCUCAGCAACACAAAAGGAUAUAAGUAACUCAUCAAGUGCUGAUGAUGACAAUCUUGACACUGUAAAAGCUACUAUAGCAGAUACAAAUAGUAGCAGAGCAGCUCCGAAGAACACGAAUGGAACAGAUGCGGAUAAAUCUUACUGGAAUGUUCUUUCAUAUCUACAGCAAAAUGUUCCACUUACUAGCGCAACUAAGCCUGUGGCAGAAACUCCAGAACAAAUAGCAAGAAAUAUUAUGCACAGUGAACUAGAGUCUGAAAGUACUUUUUCUGUGAGAACCAGUAGCUUGUCGGAUAACCUGGUAUCUGCCCAAUCAAACAUGUCAAAAAUGAAAAGACUUGAAGAUUUCUGCAUGCAUCUGACACAGCAUCCCCAGUUCAGACAUAUAGCUGUAGAGCACAAAGUUUUACCAUGCCUUCUAAAAUUACGCGAGUGUGGAAACCCUAAGAUUAUGGCAAAGGCAAAUGAAGCUCUAGCUCUAGUCGGUUAUAUUACACCACCACAAGGUCGUGGUAUAAGGAUGCUGUCUAUUGAUGGUGGGGGAACCAGGGGACUAAUUGCCAUAGAGAUACUGCAACGUUUGGAGAGACUGUGUAAUCAACCUGUCAACCAGAUGUUUGAUUUUGUUAUCGGUAGCAGCACUGGUGCUUUAUUAGCAGCUCUUAUAUUCCUGUUGAAAAUCCCCUUACCAGAAUGUAAGGAACUUUACCUUGACAGAAGUGCUAAGAUGUUCGUGAAGGAAAGUCUGCUGAAAAAGACGAGAAACAUGGCACUCCAUGAUGUCUCUAUAUUUGAAGAAGUGCUCAAGGCUGAAUGUGGAGAGGAUACGUUAAUGAGUAGUGCAAGGGAUCCAUCUACACCAAAGAUGGCUAUUACCUCAACCCUAGUCAAUGUUCCGAAGUGGAAGACAUUUAUGUUUCGUAACUACAACCACCCUCCUGGUGUGAUCUCAGACUAUCAGGGAAGCUGCAAUCUCAAAAUGUGGGAGGCUAUUAGGGCUUCUGGCUCAGCACCUGUUUAUUACAGUCCAUUCCAGAUUGGAGAACAUAUAUUCAGGGAUGGUGGGUGUUUGAUAAACAAUCCUACAGCAGCCGGUAUUCAUGAGUGUAAGUUAUUGUGGCCGCACGAGUCGUUUCAAUGUGUUCUCUCUCUUGGUAACGGAAGAUAUGAUCCAAACCUAGAUAGACAAGAGAAGGCGAAAGGUUAUAAUGUGAUACCUAGAUCAAUGAGGGACCUGGCUGAUGGAUUUAUAGACAGUGCAACAGACACUGAAGGGAUACAUAUGGUACUAAAGAACACAUUAGAUCCCGCCUGCUACUUCAGACUCAGUCCGUAUCUGAGAGAAAAUUAUGAUCUCAGUGAAGUGCAGCCGGAAAAGAUCAAAGUCAUGUUGGGUGAAGCGGAUGAAUACAUGGACAGAAAUGAGCUAUUUAUGCAGAAAGUUGUCACUCGAUUAAAACAGGACAGGCUACCGAAUCAGAAAAUCAUGGACUACACAAACCGGCGAAGACAAACCCAUGAUUAUAUACUUUUUAAUCUGAAUAGUUUGCGAACUGUGAGAAAAACUGUAUGAUGGUGAGGACUAUGAAUGUUUUUGAUGAUUGAUUAAAAAGUUUAUAUGUGCUUACUGAAUCAUAAAUUAAUGAACUGCACAAUUUGUAGACUACAUACCUAUUAACGAGGAUAGUUAAAGUUGCAAUAAAAACAAUAUGAUGCAGAGGACUGUAGAUGGAUUGGACAGAAAUGUUUUAAGAUCAUUGAUUUAUUUUGCAGAAUUCUUUCAAUUAAGUAUUUUGGAGUAAUCAUUAAACUACAAGAAGGGCACUGCUGAACUGUUAGAAUAUUUUUGAAAAGGUGCCUGUAUCUGUUUAACUUUCACAAAGAUCUCUUGCCAAAGAGGAGUUGCCCAGAAUAUUUUACAUUUGACUUUAUGUUACAUAAUGGCGUGCCAGAAAAAUGUAAAAGGCGUACGCUAGAAUUCCCUGUAUAUGAGAUGGAUGAAAUUUUUCCCAAUAAUAGAGUUUCUUCGAACAGCAUUUAUUUUCAAUGGCAGAUAACUCUUUUUCAAUACUGGUGACCUAUGAUUUUUAUUGCAUAUAUUUUUGUUUCUUAGAUGACUGUCCUUCAGUAUCAAAAGUUUGAAGAAAUUCUAUUAUUGGGAAAAAUUUCGUCCCAAAUUCUAGCGUAUGUCCUUAAAGACUUAAUUCAUGAUUUUAUGUUAGGAAGUUAGGUGACAAGAGUUCACAUGCGGUCUGUGAUAGUAUAUGCUGUAGGGCUGGUCCUGUUCGUAUAAGCUUGAAAACAAGGACUGAACUAUAUUAUUAUACAAUUCGAGAUUGUAAGUAAAGAUUUUAUUUUAAUUUUGAAUUAGUAUUGUUUUACAAAUGGGUAAAUUAUUCCUGUGCACAAUAUGUGUUUUGUUUUCUGUUUGUUAUGUAUAUCCAUUUUCUGUAUGCUUACAGAUAAAUUUUUCCUAGAACAAAGAUACACAUUCCUUCUAAGAUUUGUCCGAGCUUUUUUGAUAUCUUUCUGUUUGCAUUGAUGCCAUUCUGUUGUGAAGUUUACAUAAAUUGAAAUAGUUUCCAUACUGAUUUCCUGUUACUUUUAUAUACUUAUAACUAUGCACUAGAAAAAAAACUGAUUGCUUUUGUGAAUCAUGUAUACAUGUAAAUGCCAUUAAAUUGUACCAACCAA